AUGGAUCUGAACAAUUUAACGAAGCAGAUAGAGGAUCUCAGGCAGCAGUUAGAUACACUAGAAGCUGAUUUAUCUGAAAAUCAGAAUGCUUUCUUCUUGUGUUCAAUGGCUCUUAUCAUUUUCCUCAUGCAAUGUGGAUUUGCUUUCCUUGAAGCAGGAGCUGUACGAAGUAAAAAUACAACUAAUAUUCUGAUCAAAAACUUGUUAGAUUCUUGUAUUGCUAUCGUGGGAUAUUGGUCACUAGGAUGGGCUUUCGCAUUUGGUACAUCUAACAAUGAAGUUAUUGGAUUAUUUGUUGGACAUACUGAAUUCUUCUUAUCUGGAAUGACUAACUACCCUAAAUUCUUCUUCCAAUAUGUCUUUGCUGCCACGUCCGCAACAAUUGUGUCUGGAGCUGUUGCAGAAAGAUGUGAAUUCUUUAAUUAUGUAACAUAUUGCACUGUUAUCUCUACUUUUGUUUACCCUAUCCUAACACAUUGGGGUUGGAACCCUGAAGGAUGGAUGUUCAAAGGAAUCACAUCUGGUUCUAUCAAUACUACUUAUGUUGAUUUUGCUGGUGCUGGUGUGGUACAUCUAUGCGGAGGGACUAUCUCGUUCGCUGCUGCUUAUAUCAUUGGGCCUCGUAUCGGUCGUUUCCCUAAAGAUGGAGAAGAACAGUCUAUUGAGAUUAAAGGACACAGUGUUCCCUUUGCUGCUUUGGGUGGCUUCAUUUUGAUGUUCGGAUUUUUAGCUUUCAAUGGAGGAAGUAUGGCUGAUAUCGUAAAGGCUGGUGAAGGAGAGAUUGUUGCUCUGGCUAUGAUCAACACUAUGCUUAGUGGAGCGUUCGCUGCACUUACUUAUUUGUUAAUCCAUUACAUCUUUAAUGGAAAAUGGACUUUACUCUUAACUAUCAACGCUUGCCUUGCUGGUAUGGUUUCAUCAUGUGCAGGCUGUAAUAAUAUGGAGCCAUGGGCUUCCUCAUUUACUGGAAUCGGCGCUGGACUUAUCUAUUUGGGUUUGAGCAAAUUGAUGAUAAGCUGGAAAGUAGAUGAUCCAUUGGAUGCUUUCGCUGUACAUGCUGGCGGUGGAUUUUGGGGGUUAUUCUCAACAUGCAUCAUCUCAAAAAAUGGUAUUGUAUACACAGUAUAUGAUGCUGCUGCUGGAUUACCAAACAAACACCUUGUUGGCCAAGCUUUUGCUCAAUUGGGAUGGCAAAUGGUUUGUGCAUUAGCUAUCAUGACUUGGUCUCUCUUGUGGAUGGUUCCCAUUUUCCUUCUUUUGAGAAAAAUUGGUAAACUUCGUGUCCCCGAAGAAGUUGAGAUUAAUGGUCUUGAUAUAUAUAAGCACGGAGAAGCUGCUUAUCCUUUACAUGCUUAUGGACAUGGUUGGGAUGAAUUUGAAGCAGUUCGAGUUGCUCCUACGGAGAACAACAGUAUCGAACAUAGACGAAAGUCAAUGAUGCCUAAUCAAGAAAUUUCACUGGAACAGUUAGCUGCCGCUUAUGACCGUAGAACCAGCAUAGCCCCAGUUGGCUUUGGAAGUCCAGUACCCGGACCAAGAAAGAAGAGCUUAUACAUCAAUCCAAAGCUCUAUGAGCAUCCUGAACAUCAUCACAAAGCAAAGGACAGAUCACAACAUAUGAAGAAUGUCAUAAUAGAAGAAGAUGAGACGUCAGAGGAAGUGCAAGAAACUCUCCAAUUACAGAAAAAGACACCAGAAUCUAGAUCAGCAGGCAAAUCUAACCCGGCCUUUGAUAUGUACGACGACAAACCCUCAGUUCAAACAUGGCAAAAGCUUUGA